GAAGAAGAAAAAAAAUGGCAAAUUUUGUUCUGCAGGUUCCAAUUACUUUGAGAAGUUUCACUGUGUCUGCUUCAUCCAACCCAAAUGGGGCUGCUCUUUCUGGUGGUUCUGGAAGCAAUUCUGGUGUGGGUCCAGUGAUAUUGGAACUUCCUUUAGAUAAGAUAAGAAGGCCUCUGAUGAGAACUAGAUCAAAUGAUCCAAUCAAAGUUCAAGAACUCAUGGAUAGUAUUAGUCAAAUUGGUCUUCAAGUGCCUAUUGAUGUGCUAGAGGUUGAUGGAAACUAUUAUGGUAUGCAUUUUUAUGAAUUGUGUGAGGCGUCGUAUAUGGUUUCUCUGGUUGUCACCGGUAUGAGGCUCACCAACGACUUGGACUCCCCACCAUACGCUGCAAAAUACGGCGUGGUACAAAAGAGACUCUAAGGCAUCAUAUGCGCUAAAAUAUAUGAUCGUUUUAUCAUUCAGAGUAAUGACAGGAGUCUUUUGCACUUGCUUCUCAAAGCAUAUAGUGAUUUCAGUUUUAUCAUAUUGUGGAUCAUAUAUUGUGUGUGUAUGUAUAUAUAUGAAGAUGCUUUUUUUUUUAAGAAGAAGAUAUAUAUGAAGAUGCUGAUGCACAUGUUUCUUGUUACUAACCAAGAGUAGUGCAUUGUUAGUACUGAAGAAAAUAUUAUCAAUAGAAGUUUAUUUGUUGGUUCAAAA